CUCCGUUCUCACCCUGCCGUAUAUGAGGACAGAAGAAGGAGGAGGAUUUGCCGUCUAAUUAGCAGCAUUCCUGAGACGUGACUGGGUGGCGCUGCAGCGCUGUUGCGUUUGCUGCAGUCAGCUGCUCAACAAUCCAAAAGUGUUCCAGGAACUUACUCUGUCCUGGGACUAUUUGAAGAGAGACACAGAUGGACUGGUGGUUGGUGCUUCUCUCAGCAGAGAAGAGCAAUUUGUACUCUGUAUAAAGGAAUAUGGAUAAAUUUGGAAAGCAUGGCAGGUCCGGAUUUGUUAGGACUCGCAUUCCUAGACCUCAGGUCCUACUGCAGCCAAUCCAGCCUUCUGGUCAUCCAGGUGUUUGCAGAAACUGCGCUUGCAAAAUGAGCCGCUUUCCUCGGAAAAGUUCCUCGGAGCUCCUGCAGUCGGAAUGCAGGCAUUCCAGGGCAGAUUCCUCGAGCAACUUAGCAAUGGAUACUUUUUGGCUAGAGGUGGAGAGCAUCAAAGAGAGUACCGAAUGUGAGCCGGACGAAUGUGACCUUACGGAUGCCAAACCCCCAGAAGAAGGGGAAGCCGAAGCCGAGUGGCUCCAAGACGCAGGGCUUUCGGAUCUAAUUGGGGACCACGCCGCAGAGAAUGGCAACAGUGUCCUGCUUUCCACGUUGACCAAGACUCAGGCUGCAGCUGUGCAGCGACGGCUUGACACUUACACCCGCUCUCGGAGAAAGAAGAACAAGCAGCCUGUCCGUGAUGUCAGAGACAUCUUUGGAGUAGUUGGCUCUGUGGAGACUGAGCCAGAGACAAAUUUGGAAAUGGACAGAUCACACCGCAAGUCUGCAUCGUCAAACAACAUCCAGAAAAAUCCAACAGAAACCCAGGACUUCCCAUCGCCACUGAGAGGCUCUGCAAGAGAGGAGCUCUUCAGCACAGAAAUUGCUUAUUCUGAGCAGGCAGCCAUCCUGCUCAAAGGAUCUUUCCCAAGGGAAUCCAGGAGGAUAAAGGAUGAGAGUUGUUUACCUAAAUUUAAGAUUCCCAAGGGGAGGCUGGGAGUGACCAGGAUAGGAGACUUAUCUCUGCAGGAUAUGAAAAAGAUUCCCACGCUGGCACUCAUUGAGCUGACUGCACUCUGCGACGUCAUUGGCUUGGAGCUGAAGAGAAACAAAGCAGUAAAGCGGAAGGCUGCAGAGCGCAAGCUUUUUGGGGUUUCACUUGGCACUUUGUUAGAAAAUGAUGAAAAGCUCUACCCAAAUACCAGGGUUCCAUUGAUUCUGCAAGCAUUGCUGUCGUGUUUAGAAAAGAAAGGACUGGACACGGAAGGGAUCCUAAGAGUUUCAGGAUCACAGAGCCGCAUUAAGAGCCUGGAACAAAAGCUGGAAAGUGAGUUCUAUACUGGUUUCUUCCAGUGGGAUGAGGUCCAUCAGAAUGAUGUUUCUGGCUUGCUGAAGAGGUUCAUCCGGGAACUGCCCACCCCUCUGCUGACGGCAGAAUACUUACCUGCCUUUGCAGCUGUGCAAAACAUCCCAGAUCUGAAACAGAGGCUGCAGGCUCUCAAUCUGCUUAUACUGAUUUUGCCAGAACCCAACCGAAACACCCUGAAGGCUUUGCUGGAGUUUCUAAGGCUGGUGGUUACCAGGGAGCGGAAAAACAAGAUGAAUCUUUGGAACGUUUCCACGGUCAUUGCUCCAAAUCUCUUCAUGCACAAGGGGCUGCCCAACAAGAUCCCAGAAGGGAAGGAGAAACAGCUGGCCGAGGGUGCGGCGGACGUGGUGCGGAUGAUGAUCCAUUAUCAGGAUUUACUCUGGACUGUUGCAUCUUUCUUGGUAACUCAAGUGAGAAAACUGAACGAGAGCAGCAGCAGGAGGUACCAGUUCUGUGACAGGAGGAUAAAAAACCUGUUAAGGAAGAUUAAUCUGGACAAGGAGAAGACAGAGAAAAACCAUGGCGAACCCUCCAAAAUAGUGAAAGUCCAGGCUUCCCCGUUCCUGAAGGAUUCCUUGGAAGUUCGCUUAACCAGUGGAACCAAAGCUGCAGAUGUCCUGAGGCAGUUCCAGAAGAACCUCUGUCAAAACGGCUGGAAUAUUGUCAACACGGUCAAACUUAUCAAAUGUAAUGGUUCGGUAGAUACGAUGAACCUGCUCUUCUAUGAAGUUGGCGGCAACAUAAGUGAACAUUGCUUGGACCCGGACACAUACCUCUUAGACCUGUACCAUGUGAAUCCUCAUGCAGAAUGGGUUAUAAGACAAAACCCGUCUUUUCCAAGGACACUCUAGGAAGACUGGCGAGAGGGAAAUGAUCUAGCUGGAAAUUAUGUUAAACAAAUAGUCAAAUGGGGGGUGGGGUGGGGAUGAAUUUUUUAUUCCUGGAUUUUUAUUUUCAUUUUAAUGGGAGGCUGUGAAAAAAAAAAGAAGCGGUUCCCUUUAACUGUUCACAUGAACUUGUGGCUAAUUGAAGGUUACAUUGGGGUAGCAGAGCUUCUAUAGGAUGUGAAUGCCUGUAGUAAAGGACUUCUGGAAAGAAAGUUUUAAAAAGAGACAGUCUCGUCCUUGAAGGAAUGGAUGGAGAUCAUCUGGGUUUGAUUCUUUUAAUGCGCAAGCUUAAGGUUGUCACAUUAGUGGAAAGACACCCCAGAGAACAAAUGUGCUGUCAUGUAAAGCUUGCACACUUUCUAAAGAAGUAAGCCUUCUCGGAUAGAAGCUGGGGUUAUCUACACUUGCUUCAUUUUGUUUCUGAAGGGCUUAAUAGGUAACCAAAUUGCCCAGAAUGUAGAGGAGAAAGGAACACUGUUCUGGAAGUUCUGCCCUCAAAAUGCUAAUGUCCCAAGCACAGUGUUGGUGACAUAUUAACUAUGCACAACUGUAGGUGUGCAAUGUCUUCUGGGAUGCAGCCUUGACAUUGCAGUUCAGUGCAUAAACGUGUAUUUGUGUCUGUGUGUGCAGUUCCACAGACAUGUUGCUAUUUGAUUAGAGUAAACCAUCUCAGUAUUACUGUUUAAUUCAACCUUUUUAAUGUUCAGAUUGGAUUUCACAUCCCUGUCUGGUUGUAAUAAUUUUUUCCCUUGGAGAAACUCCCCAGCAGAGACUUGUCUUCCUAUACUGGGCCCUAACAAGUCUUUUUGUUAUGACCAAGACAAUCCAGAAACACCUGAGCCAUAUAAUGUUCUUAGUCUUCAUGUCUUCAUUGUUUCUUUGGUGUUGCGUUUUUAAAACGUCAUGUUUGUAGGUAUAUUUACCAAAAGCCUGUUGAAAUGAUCUAGGUUGUUCUGGAGAAAGCGGUGAUCUGUACUUAAAGAUCCUCCUUUCCUUGUUUGCUCACAUUUUUAAAAAGGCCAAAAUAUCUACCUAAAUGUGUAGAGGGUUUCACAAAGUUGGUAGUUUUGGAUAUCUGUAUUUUGCACUUGUGACUUAAAGAGGGCCUAUUUAUUUUGAAAAUGUCAAGUAAUAGAGACAUUUAAAUCGUCAUUUCAUGUUAUCCACUUCCAAACUAGUGAGAAAGCUAAGCCCUUUCUCAGCCCAAACACCACAGCUGAUGUCGUCAGAAGAGCAAAAUUUGAACAAAUAUGCCGGAAGAUUGCCUCAUUUGGACAUAAAAGGGUUUAGAAGAAGGCAUUUUGUCAGCAUAAGAAAGGAAUUCGUGAUUGAGGGUGGAUGAGUAGGGCAGGGAUUCCACCUUUAAGACAAAUAUGCAUUACAUAUCUGAUCUCUGUAUAAAAGUCGUUUU